CUCCUGUCCCUCUGGCGGCCAUACUCCGACAUACGUGGAGUGCUGUUUAUUAGUUCUUGUCGGCUGAGACAGUAGAGUGUGGAAAUCGUUUAUUCUCCAAUGGAGUUUGUCUUAAUUUUCUACCGUUUAUCUUCCCCUCAGUAAAUUGUUUUUCAUGACAGCUGCGUCGCCUUCUAGAGAAAUUCAGUGCACAUCACCGAUUAUACCUUUCAAGUUUAAAGUGUAUCGAUUUAUUAAUUGGCACUUCGUUUCCAAAAGCAGAAUCGUAGAUCAGGUGUAACAUUAUUCCCAAAGUUGAGCUUCUUUCUGGCAUUGGCAUUUCUUCGGAUCUUUCAUUACGAGGAAUUUCUGCAACACAGAGACGGUGAUCUUGCAGGACCAAUUGUUUUUACCUUCCUUGUAAUCUAGUCCCUUCGUCAUGGGGAAACAGAACAGCAAGCUGAAACCAGAAGUUUUGGAGGAUUUGCGUCAAAAUACGGAAUUCUCUGAUGCGGAAAUUCAGGAGUGGUACAAAGGAUUCUUAAAAGAUUGUCCUAGCGGGCACCUUAGCGUUGAAGAAUUCAAAAAGAUCUAUGGCAACUUUUUCCCUUACGGUGACGCAUCUAAGUUCGCUGAACAUGUAUUCCGAACCUUUGAUGCCAACGGUGAUGGGACCAUUGACUUCCGGGAAUUUCUUUGUGCCCUAUCGGUCACUUCCCGUGGUAAAUUGGAACAAAAGCUGAAAUGGGCUUUCUCCAUGUACGACCUUGACGGGAACGGAUACAUCUCACGACAGGAAAUGCUUGAAAUCGUUACGGCAAUUUACAAAAUGGUGGGUUCUGUGAUGAAGAUGCCCGAAGAUGAAUCUACUCCCGAAAAGCGAACCGACAAGAUUUUCCGCCAAAUGGAUAAAAAUAUGGAUGGGAAGCUAUCGCUUGAAGAGUUUAUCGAAGGAGCCAAAAGUGAUCCGUCGAUUGUCCGGCUGCUUCAGUGCGAUACCCAGGGAGCUGCACAGUAGCAAAAACCUUCCCAAACAGCAGCACACAACGCACGACAAUGACAUCUCGACAAUUUAUCGUAAGGGAGUGAGGAAGGAGUGGGCCAAUCAGUUUGUGGCAUGUACAUCUAUCGGCAAUAUACCCUAAAGAAAACACAAUACAAACUCAUCCCCCCCCCCCACAUCCCGCCAGAUCUCCUCUACUCUUCUCAUUGAUACCAUCUUGAAAAUACAGAUAAAUAUGUCACUGAAAACAAAUUAGGAGACUGAAAUGAAGGUACAUUUAAUUAAACCCUUUGGAGUGCAAGACUGCGAUUAGACAAGUCCGUUUGUCCCUCUGAUCAUAAUUGUGUGUGUUAAUUAUCUUUACAAAAAAAAUUGUUGAGUGAAUCUGGAGAAAUUGGUGUCCCAUGGAUGAUAACCAUUUUGUAUAGUUGGCUCUCUUUCAUUUUUCAGUUUUUGAUGGUAUUUUGUUUUUUUUUUAAGUAGAAUAUUCCAUCAUCAUUACUGUAAUAUCGUUUGUUGCGACUCGGGCUGGGUACAUACUUACCUCAUGAAGGUUUCUUUAUUCUACUUUAUUUUGAGUUCCAUUUCAAAUUUUUCAUUGUCCGUAUAUUACAUAAUAAUUAUCAAAGUUGUAUUGCAAUCAUGGAAAUCGUGAAACGUGGCUCUUAAGAUAAUAUGCCAAGCAAGAGUGAACAAACAUACUCCAAACAACUCUAGAAAAAGAGAAAAAAAAAAACACGACAGCAUUGCACAUUCUUUAAUAAUUACAUGAGGUGGUUGGUUUACUUUUUCUCAGGUGCGUGUUUCUCUUUUUUUUUUUGCUAUCUUUUCUCUCAAUUUUUUUCAAACUGUGACAUGGUGUUUUUGCAACUUGGUAUUUGCAUUUAUUUUAUUGGCCAUUUUCCGCCUUCUUCAGUGUUUGGGACUCCAACCUUUUGGGGGUGUGGAUCCAUUUUUCUCACAUUCUUGUGGAUUUGAGUGCCGUCGUCAUAAUUCCACCUGAGCAACCCCAGCAAGAUGAAUGAAAGCUUUAGUUAUCAAUUGAAUAUGAGCACCCACUUACUUUCGAGCUGUCGCUUAUCUUUACCGUGAAAUUCAAUGCAUGUUUCCUUAAAUUACGAUUAAUAUACAUAUGAAAACAAAAGUA